AUGGCUCAAUCAUUUACCUGGUUUCCAGUGAACCACCUUGGCAGCACAAAAAGCAACGAGCGUCUUCAAAACUCGUACGAAUAUCCGUCGGUACCACUGUGUUCAGCGAACGAUGUUCAGCUUCGGUUUCUCUGCCCGGACGAUCUCGAGGAGGUACGGACUUUGUGCCAGGAUUGGUUCCCGAUCGAUUAUCCUCUCUCAUGGUACGUGGACAUUACGUCCAGUACGCGCUUUUUCGCGCUGGCAGCAAUCUACAACUUCAGCAUCAUCGGUCUCAUAGUGGCAGAGAUCAAAUCGUACGGCAAGCUUAACAAAGAGUGCGCUUUAUUCCGUCCACAGGAUCGAGGAAUUCUGCCGGAAUCGAUGGGUCGAGAUGCAGAGAUUGGGUACAUCCUUUCCCUGGGUGUGCAUCGAAAGUACCGCCAAAACGGUAUUGGUUCGCUAUUGCUUGACUCACUCAUCAACCACCUAACAACUGCCGAGCGACACAAGGUGAAGGCAAUAUUUCUCCACGUCCUAACCACGAAUCGUACCGCCAUACUUUUCUAUGAACGAAGAGGGUUUGUUCUUCAUUCCUUUUUGCCUUACUAUUACUCGAUUCGAGGCAAAUGUAAAGAUGGUUUCACCUACGUGUCCUACAUCAAUGGAGGCCAUUCACCCUGGAGUUUAUACGAUUAUUUGAAGUACUGGUGCUCGCAGAUUCUAACUGCCGGUGGACUUUGCCCAUGGAUCUGCGGUCGUAUGCGGACGGCGUUUCGGUGGGUGUGCUAUCGUACGGUCGGAAGAUUUCACCUUCAGCAGGACGAAUAG